AUGGGCUUCAAAAGUGUUGAUUCUGCCCAUAUAGAGAGCACGCUCUCAAAGUUAACCCUUGAGGAGAAGAUUCUUCUCCUAGCAGGAAAAAACUUUUGGGAAACAUACGAUUUUCCAGAGAAAGGAGUGCCAGCAUUGAAGACGUCGGAUGGUCCCAAUGGUGCUCGCGGAGCCACAUUCAAAGGAGGCGUAACAGCUGCCUGUUUUCCAGCAUCGUCUUUGCUGGCCGCAACAUGGGAUGUUGAAGCCGCCAAGCAUAUCGGAAAUGCUCUGGCUGAAGAGACCCUUUCAAAGGGUGCAAGGGUGCUGUUGGCUCCCACCGUCUGCAUUCAUCGCCAUCCGCUCGGAGGUCGCAACUUUGAGUCUUUUUCCGAAGAUCCUUUCCUAGCCGGAAAGCUGGCAGCACAGUACAUCCAUGGCCUCCAGGAUAAAGGAGUGGCUGCUACCAUCAAGCAUUUUGCCGUGAACGAGCAGGAAACGUGCCGUUUCACUGUCAAUGAGCACGUUGCGGAGCGAGCACUUCGUGAGAUCUAUCUGAAGCCAUUUGAGAUUGCCAUUAAAGAGUCCCAGCCUCUUGCAGUUAUGACUGCGUACAACCUCGUCAACGGCACCCAUGCCGACUCACAUGAGUUCCUUCUGCGGAAGGUUCUUCGGGAACAAUGGGGUUGGAAGGGUCUUGCUAUGAGCGACUGGGGUGGCACCAACUCCACAGUUGAGUCGUUGAAUGCUGGUCUUGAUUUGGAAAUGCCCGGCCCUACCAGGUGGCGCAAGGUCGAUGAAGUGGUUGCAGCCGUGAAGUCCGGUGCUGUAUCGGAGAAGACAAUCGACGAGCGCGCACGAAAUGUUCUGGAGCUGCUCGCCAAGCUAAACUGUUUUGAAGAUCCCACCAUUCAAGAGGAAAGGGCCAGCAUCCUUCCCGAGCAUAAAAAGCUGAUUCGCUCGGUGGGUAGCCAAGGUCUUGUCCUUCUCAAAAACGAUGGCGCAAUCCUCCCUCUGAAGAAGGAGAAACUGGCCAAGAAAAAGGUCGCUUUAUUGGGCUUUGCCCGAGAGGCUCUCAUUCACGGCGGUGGCAGCGCUUCAGUCAAUUCCCACUACCGCGUUACGCCUGAGGAAGGCCUUCGUGCCGCUCUUGGGGGCUCUGUGGAAUUUGAGUACGCCAAAGGGGCACAUACCUUCCGCCAGCUUCCUCUGCUGAGUGAGCGUGUGGUGAACCGCGAGGGCCAGCCUGGCUGGACUUUCGAUUUCUAUGUUGCUGAUGAGCCCAAUGGCGAGCCUGCUUCCUCAGAAUCUUCUGAGCAGCCCAGCUAUGUUCCUAUCUUUGUCAAGGAAUCGUGGGGAAGUCUCCGCGCCAGUGCCCGCUUCACUCCUACACAAACCGGGAACCACUAUCUGGCCAUGUCCGGAUUGGGGGCAUCCAAGAUCCUGAUCGAUGGCAAAGUCGUCUACGACCAGAAGCAGAACUGCCCUGACUCCAUGGCGUUCCUGCUUGGCGGUGUCGAAGAGCCAGAAAUCCAGCACACAUUCGAAGCUGGAAAAACAUAUUCUAUUGAGAUUAUCACGGUGAAGCCUACCAGCAAGGGUGGACUUGCUAUGCUGGACGGUUUCAUCGGUUUCCGUUUCGGCUUCAUGUCCGAGCAAGAGCACAACCAGGAUCUCCUAUCCGAGGCCGUGGAGGUGGCCAAGAAGAGCGACUUCGCAAUUGUCUUUACUGGACAUACAUCUGCAUGGGAAACAGAAGGGCAAGAUCAGAUCAGCUUCAAUCUACCAAGCAGUGGCUCGCAAGAUCGGCUAGUUGCCGCUGUUGGUGCUGUCAACUCUAAUACCGUUGUUGUGAACUGCACUGGCGUUGCAGUUGCUAUGCCUUGGUUGAGCGAGGUCAAGGCGGUCAUCCAAGCAUGGUUCCCCGGUCAAGAGGCCGGUAACGCAAUUGCUGAUGUUCUCACCGGUGCCGUGAACCCUGCAGGCCGCCUACCUGUGUCUUUCCCCCGGGCAGUGGAGGAUGCUCCAGCACAUGGAAACUUCCCAGGUGAAUUCAGCGUCGGAGAUGAUGGGCGCCAAAGGCUCGAAGUCACGUACAAGGAAGGCGUCUUCGUGGGCUACCGUCACUACGACCUAUCAGAAGAAAACCGGUCCAAGGUUCUCUUCCCAUUCGGCCAUGGUCUAUCCUACACCACCUUUACGCACGCAAACCACAAAGUCAGAAUUGCCGGUGGGGACUCAGUGGAAGUAUCGGUGGACGUCACCAACUCUGGCUCCUAUGCCGGCGCAGAAGUUGUCCAAGUCUACGCCGGUUCCAAGUUGGCGGUCCCUGAGAACCCUAUCAAGGAACUUGUCGGGUUUGCCAAGGUGCGCCUGGAGCCUGGAGAGACAAAGACUGCCAACGUUACCUUCAGCACACACCAGCUAGCUCACUUUAAUGAGAAAAACAGCAAGUGGGAGGCGCCCUCGGGUGACUAUGAGGUGUCAAUUGGCCAGUCUGUGAGAGAUAUCACUGGAAAGGCCGAGGUCAAUGUUGGAGCUCUGAGCUACGACCCUUAA